AUGCGAGCUUGUUCGCUGACGCCAUCGCGGGGCGCGACGCGGGCGGAAUGCCGCGGGGCCAUGCAGCGGCUGCGCGGGCCAGGACGCAGCGCUGCGGCCGCGCGGCGGCUGCGGGCGCUUUCUGACGACGGCAGGGUGGUUGUGGACGUCAAGGACAAGGCGGCGGCCGUCUGUGCGAACGUCGGCGGGGACGGGACGAUGCUUGCUGAUUACAUCCAUUUGCCGGUCGACCAGUUCAUCCUGAUCGACAUGCCUCCAGGGACGAAGCUCAACCGACUAGGAGGCCCGCGAUUCAUGCUUGAGCUCGCGGAUAUCAAGUUCUUCGACUUUACGGUGACUGUUCAGAUCUCCGCACUCGUCGAGACCAUCAUCGACCAAGCUGGCAACCCGGCAGUGCGCAUCACGGCCGAGCGCUGCGUCGUCGGCGGGAGCCAGUUCGUCGAGUCCCUCGGCAUUACGGACCGCAUCGACUUUAAAGUUUGGACGGUGCUGUCCGCCAGCCGCACGAGCGACGGCCGCGAACAGCUGCUCGGCGACACGCACAUCUACGUGCUCGUCGACCCGCCGGCGCCGUUCAGCUUCCUCGGCGACGGCGUGCUCUCGGCAACGGCGAAUUCGGUGCUCGGUUUCUCGCUCAAGGCGUUACAGCAGCCGUUCGUGGAGAACGUCACCAGGGACUACGCGGCGUGGGCGACGGACCCGGCCUACCGAGCCUCGCGCGCGCAGAUGGCAGAGGCUAGCACGUAG